CAACCAUGGCGACGGAAGACGCUUCUCGUGAAUUCGCUGGGUCUGAAAUAAAUGGUGUAUUAAAUAGUAUGAAGGAUGCCAACAAAGCAAAACGAAGAAAGGCUCUGGAGAAGUAUGAGAGCAUCGUAUUUGAAAGUGGGAAAGGAGCAGAACAAGACGAAUUAACAGAAAUUUUCAAUUACUCUGCCAGUAUCUUGGGCACAUGCUUGUCAGACCCGUCGGAGAUAAACCGAAUCAAUGCAUCAAAUAUAGUACUGAAAUUUAUAGAAUUGUCCAUCUUUACUGAAGAGAAAUUACUUGUCUUUAUACCUGUGAUUCACCAUCGCCUUGCCACCGUGCCUCACCCAGAAGAGAGUGAAGAUGUUAGACUCUUGUACAUAAACAUCCUUACUGGUUUAAUCGGCAUAUUCCAGGACAAGAUGAUUGCUUUUAUGAAUGAUGUAGUUAAUAUUCUGAAAGAGGCAGUACUAGAUGCCAGUCCAGAUGUGCGGAAGGCAGCUUGUGAGUGUGUAAGCUGCUAUGCCAGAGCAACAAAGGAUAAGUUUCACAUGCAGUCAGAAUCUUUAGUCAAGCCACUCUUGAAAGCUUUGAAUCACCAGCGGUUUAAGAACAGAAUAGCGUGCAUUAAGGCUUUAGGUGACAUUCUUUUAUAUGGGGAGAGCAGAAGCAUCCAGGAUCUAAGUGGACCUCUAGCACAGUGUAUGAUGGAUCUUCCUCAAGUUCGUCUAGUGGUGGUGGAUGUUGGAGGAGCUUUGGCCAUGGAGAUGCCAGAUCGUUACUCAUACUGGCAGCGCAUUCUCCCCUUGUUACUGUCUGGAUUAAGAGAUGAGGACAAAGAUGUAAAAAUCAAAGCAGAAUUGCUUUGGGAAGAUGUUGGCAAGAAAUAUGAGAAGGAAAAUGAAGACCAGCUUAAGGAACAGAUAGACUUUGAUGCAGUUCCUGAACACUAUCCAUCCACAGAAAAAAGGCAGGGUGUUGGAUGUCGUUCUUUGGUGCAGAAGAGCCUAUACCAUAUGUUACCAGGCUUGCUGGCUGACAUGGAUGAUUGGCAGGCUGGACCAAGGCUGCAGGCUGUAAAACUCUUGACAACUCUCGUGGUGAAUGCAGAAGCUGGAAUAACUCAAUAUGUGGAAAAAAUUCUCGAGGGCCUUGUUUUGGCCUCGUCAGAUAAGGAGGCUGAUGUUGUAAAACAGGUUGUUGAGUGCAGUGAAUACCUUGGCUACUUUGUUCCUCCAGCUACAUAUCUUCCAUUAAUCUUGCCAAGGCUUGGUGGAGGACAGUAUGGUGAACGUCCCUUGAUUGUUCUGAGCGCAUUGGCUCGUGGUACACCAACUGCUCUCCUACAAGAAAGCGUAGCAGAUAUUGCUGAAGCCCUGGCCAAUGAGGACGUCUCUCAUGUCACCAAUCAUGGACAUCAAAGUGCUUUGUUACAGGUCAUUCAGGUCUUGAUAGAAAAAUGUGAUCCAAGAGACUGUAGCUACAGUAUUUUCUCAGUUUUACUGUAUAUUGCUUCAACUUCAGAGGAGCAGGAUACAGUCAGUAUUGCUCAAGAACAGUUAGAAAAUGUAGCAAAGAGAAGUGGACUGGAUAGAGUUUACAAACUAUAUGAUCUCCAUCUAAGUGCAGUUUUAAAUACAAUUCAAACAACAGCCUCCUCAUGGACUGAGCAAACCCCUCAUUUCAUGAUAUUCUUAGGCCUACUAGAACUUGCCGAUCAGUCACUCGGAUGUCAUUUAGAAAGGAUAGUUGGCAUCUUGUGUGAUUGUGUUCCUAAGAAACAGGAUCCUUUUGUUAGCCUGAAAUGUCUCAUGAAGCUAAAUCAUCUUCUAAAGCAAGAGGAGCAUCCUUUAAAUUCAAAUGGAGAGUUAGAGAGAUUCCUUCCUGUGAUUGUUUCUGAUAUAGUGAAGCCAUUUCUCCCAUGGCACGCUGGAAGCACAGCUGCUGCUCUGAGAACAGCAGCAGUGUCUUGUUUGGUUUCUGUCUGCCAGGCUGAAGUAGCAAGUCAGAAAGUUUUAGAUGAGGUAAAAAAUUGCCUUGCCCUUAUCCCAGCCCUUAUUGAAGAUGACUCUGAAGAUACUCGUCACCUUUCCUGUGAAGUUGUGAUGAAUGUUGCCUACUCCUUUCCUCAGCUGAUUGAUUCUGAUACAUUACAUACUUUAGCAGAUAAGCUAGUCAAAAGAUUUGAUGAUGUAAGUGCUGUUGUACGUCUGAAAUCUGCUAGAGUUUUAGCCGCUCUGUUCAAGAACUUGCCUGAGAAUUAUAAUCCUAGCAUACAGUCAGCAAGGCUAAGAGACCUGUAUGAGUCCGCAACUGUAUUUUUAGAUGAUCCGGAUGAAAUAUUACAGGGAGCUGUCUCAGAUGCCUUGGAAGAGAUGGGCAAGAUAUCUCCAGAGAUUUUGAAAGAAGUGUUGGAAAGAGACUGCCCAAAAUUCAGAAACAAGCACGUUUGUGAGAAACUGAUAGCGUCCAUGAAUAAUUUACAGAUUGCAGUUGUUAAUUAGGAAUAUUUGUUGAAGCAUUAUAAAAAUAGGUGCUUUUAGAUAACCAUCAAUCUGAUUACUAUUUUACAUAAAACACUGUGAUAUGCAUAGUUAAAAGUUAGUACAUGGGUUACUGGCACUUUUUAUAUACUUUAAUGCAGGGUAGUAUAAAUGACUGUUAAAGCAUAGACAAUAAGCCAAACAUUCUGAAGCAUUCAUACAUUGGUUACAUUUAACAAAUGUAACAUGAUAGUAAACAAUGUGCAUAUCAACUGAGGUGGAAAGAAGAAAAACACACAGAACAAAUGUAAACACAUACACACACAAAGCAAACUUAAACUAGCAUACAAGCAGAUGCACAUACACACAUAUAAUAAUGUUAGUAAAAACAAAAUUACAAAUUAGACUAGAAAGAAAAAAAUUGCAUAAUAAUUAAAGGUUGAUUUAGUUUUUUUUUUUUAUUUCUUUGAACUAAAAAACCUCGAUAAUUUGUUUACCGUGGAUGAAAUCUAAUUUUGUCUGGGUACUCAGUCAGUAGACAGGUUCCUCAGCAAACAUUUUAUCUUAUAGUGUUCAACAUUAUCCUUACUGAUUUCUUAAAUGAUAUAUAAAACUCUGUACUAGCAAAAUUACGAUUAUAAUAUAUGAAUGUUAAUUAUAUGGAUAUUUGAAAUAAAUGUGUUAAAUAAGUGUGAAAGUACUUAACACUACCAUUGUAAUAGAGAAGAUAUUCUACUGAGGUAUGAGUCAACAUUUGUUACAUUAUUAUAUUUAUUUUAUUUUACUUUUGAUGAUUGGCAUGGACCAAAGGUAGUACCUCUUCUGAUAUCCUACUGUAUUUUGUAACCAAAAUGAAAAGAAAAGAAAAAAAAAGUCUUAAGAGUUAUAAACUUGGAACUACAUAUUUAAGGCUUACUUUGUUCGCAAUAACCCUUGAACAUUGGGGCACUUUAUUAUUGAAAAAUCACUAAAAUACCAUAAUUUGUCCUUUACUUUCUCUUAAAAUAAGAUUAAUUGAUUUUCAAUUCUGGCUUCUGCAAUGGCACAAUUAUAGGUAAGACAUAUGAAUCUAAGAGAAUGAAAAGCCUCUCCAUAGUUAAUAUAUAUAUAUUUUUUUUUUUAUAAUUAAAAGGGUAAGUACACAAUCAACAACGAGAAAGAUUCUUUUAUGAAAAGGGGAAAGAACACGUCAUAAAAUGGUGUGUUAAUUUAUUUUAAUAUCUAUAAUACAUAAAGAAGUGUCACAUGAUAAACUUAAGAUCUCUCUAAAAGUCAUAAAUAAUCUGGGCUAUGAGCCUUGAAACUAAGAAUUCUGCAUAUACAUUUACGUACGUAACUGACAAGCAAUCUGCAUACUUUUAUUGACUGGUCUGCAAGAAUGUGCCCUAUUACUCUUUUUUUGAAAACAAGUUCAGAUUCUUCCUCAAGAUUAUUUUUCAGAUUAUCCAUGUAGUCAUGUAUUAUAAGGCACAUUGCUUUUUUUUCCUAGCUUUUUUGUUUUGUUUAUGAGAGUACUGCAUCUAAUACAGUUCUCCCUCUCGUAGGAAUUCAAUUUCGUGCACCUUUUGAUCAUAAAUUUUGUAAAAUAAUAAACAUGUAUUGCUGAUGGAAAAUCAUGAUCCCUACUAACAUCAUGCACCUAUUCUGAUGUAGCAAGUCAUAGUAUAUAUAUAUAAUCAGUUGGCAAGCUGACUGCAAACACUGAAUUUGAGCUUCUAUCUCAUAUGUUUACUAUCAGAAAGGAAAUUCAAAUUCAAGCUUGGGGAUCGGGAUUUCUACAGCUCUCAUGAAUACUGAAAAAUGUGUCGUAUUAUUUACUUACAUGAGGUGCAGGAUGUAAAAGCUACACCAAUUUCUUUUUGAGACUAGGAACUGUUUAAAAUCAAUGAUAAUAAGUCCUAUUUUUCAUCAAACCAAUGAUUUUGUUAUUCAGCUUUAGUAACAUUUCGGAUUACUAUGGAUCUAAUCAAAAGAACUGGGUUUCUACUGCAAAAUUCCCAACCAAAUGAAAAGGAAAGAUCACCUCUUGUGUCUGUCCAAUUAGAAAUCAAAUAUUCCUAUGGAUAUAUUUUUGUCAACUCUGGAUGGAAUUGGCAUUCGGUCGAGUUUAUUAAACAUAGAGAAAUCAAGCAUAUCAAAGAAAUAAUAUUUGUGCUUGGUCUGACUACCUUCAAGCAUCUAUCAAUAAAAAUAUAAAACAGAAGCAAAAUCUUAUCAGCAGACCUUUGGCAGCUAUUUCAUCAAAGACAAAAAUGGUGUACUAUCACAGCCCUAUUACCCUUCACACCAUUCGUCACCUGUCACACCAGCAUCAGAGAUAACUCUCAAUCUCUAUUAUUAGAUAUUACUCGUACAAAUCGUGCAUUCCAGAA